GUCGUUAUUAGUAACUAACAGCCUAACAGGAAUGGGAACACAAACACAAUAAUAACCCAAAGUUUGUUGGGAGAAGUAGUUGGUUAGAAUCAAGUUGAAGCCUUGACUACACUACAAUACACCAAACGCACCUUCCGAAUUCGCGAUGGCCAUGGCCAUGGCAAUGGCGAUUCUCUUCAUAAUCUUCCCCCUCGCCUACUCCAUUCCCUUCAUCGUCCUCCAUGGAAUUGGAGACCAGUGCUCCAAUCGUGGAGUGAAAACUUUCACUGAGGAAUUGAACAGCUUCUCGGGUGUGAAAGGAUACUGCGUUGAGAUAGGCAAUGGAUCAUGGGAUUCAUGGUUUCUGCCUUUGACAGAGCAGACUAAUAUUGUUUGUGAAAAGGUGAAGCAAAUGAAAGAAUUGAAGGGAGGAUACAACAUUGUUGGGCUCUCACAAGGAAAUUUAAUUGGCCGGGGCAUUGUGGAAUUUUGUGAAGGAGGACCUCCUGUUAAAAACUUUAUAUCCUUAGCAGGCCCUCAUGCUGGUACUGCUUCAGUUCCUCUAUGUGGUUCUGGUAUCUUCUGCAUCCUUGCAGACAGCCUCAUCAAGGGACAAGUUUACAGUGACUAUAUUCAAGAACACUUAGCUCCAAGUGGAUAUCUUAAAUUACCAAAUGCAAUACCCGAUUAUUUGGAGAAAUGUAGGUUUCUCCCAGUGCUUAACAACGAGAUACCAAGUAAGAGAAAUUUCACUUACAAGGAAAGAUUUAGUAGCUUGAAGAACUUGGUACUUAUCAUGUUUGAGCAAGACACUGUUUUGAUACCAAAGGAAACUUCCUGGUUUGGAUAUUACCCAGAUGGCGAAUUCAACCCAGUUUUACCACCUCAAGAGACAAAACUUUACAUUGAAGACUGGAUUGGUUUAAGAACACUGGAUAAAGCUGGCAGAGUCCACUUCAUUAGUGUUCCGGGAAAACACCUUGGAAUCUCCGUGGAAGAUAUGAAGAAACAUGUAGUGCCGUACUUGAAGGACCACUCAUCGAAGGAAGAUUACACCAGCAAGGCUGGUUUCUCGAGAAUGCGAAAAAUUAUAUCAGAGCACUAAUGAAGCCGCCUUGUUUCGAACAAUGGAGGUAUAACCAUCAGCUUAAGCAUAAGUAAAUAGAUCAUUGCCAUACUGGUGGCCUUACAUUGUACAUCAUACAUGGUUUCAUUGGUUAAUUGAUUGAUUGGCAACAACGAAGAUCAGUGUCUAACCAAAAGGGAGAUCAUCCUAUUAUACUUGAUGAUUGUUGUACAACAUUUGAAAAAUUGUAGGAAAAUGUGUUUGAACUGAUAUUUGCACCAAAUUACACUACAAGAGUAUACUACUUAUUGAUUGGGAUUCCUUGCCAGAGAAGUCUAGGGGCCAGCAACUUUUGUAUUUUAUGACCAGCACUUAACCAUAAAAAAAAGUGAGUAAUUUUCCACCAUUGUAUGUAAUCUCACACCAUUAAAAAUACUAUUGAUGAUUAAUUGAUGGUUACAAAAUACAAAAGUUGCUAGCCCUGGCACUCCUCAUUGGUGGCCAAGUAUUUCCAUGAUUAAUUCAUAGCAAAAAAGUCCAUUAUCAUCUCCUGUAGUUUAGAAAGCAAACUUUUUCACGAUUUCAAUAAGGCAAUAGUAGACCUUAUUAUUAAAAGUUAGCUUUUUGACAUUCAUAAUCACAAGGGUUGGUUGAAGGACAGCACCACCUACCAUGUAGCUAAUUUACUCACAUUGGUGAUAUAUUUUCUUACUUAUUAUGAGUAAUUUUAUU